AUGGAUCAAUUGAAUUCGACGAUGUCUUCAAUGUCGGAUGCAGAUUUGAUUGUUGCAAUAAAUAAUGUCACACGUCAACUCGUUCGUUAUUGUUCAAUUUUUAUCUUUCUUUUUGGUUCGAUUGGGAAUAUUCUCAAUGUUCUGAUUUUAUCUCAAAAACAAUUUCGUUCUAAUCCAUGUGCUGUACUUUUUCUAUUCUCAUCAGUGGUUAAUUUUAUCGCUAUUGUUUCUGGUCUUCUUUCUCGAAUAUUGUCUGAUUGGGGAGCUGAUCUAACAGCAACAACUCGAGUUUUUUGUAAACUUCGUGGUUUUGUUGUGAAUAUGGCAAGACCAAUAGCAAUUUGGUAUAUACUUUUUGCUAUAAUUGAUCGAUGGCUUUUAUCAAGUCUUAAAUUACACCAUCGACAAAUGAGUUCAUUGAAAAACGCUAAACGUGCUAUGAUUAUCAGUCUCAUGGUGGCUAUUGUGAUUUUUUCACACAUUAUCUAUUGUCAUGAGCCAAAUCUUAUCAAUGCUCCACAAAAAUGUUAUGGUAUAACACUAACAUGCCGAUUAGUGACAGAUAUAUCAUUUACGUUUUUUUCUAUCUUUCCUUUGCCUCUCAUGUUAAUGUUUGGUUUGAUGACUAUCUACAAUAUUCGUCAGUCAAGAAGCCGAAUUGCUCAUAGGUCAACAUCAAAGGUAACAAACAACGUGACAGCUAAUGCGAAUCAAAGACAUCGAAUGACCAAGCAAGAUCAAAAUGUAUUAGUUAUGCUUCUUGUACAAAUUUGUAUUCUUUUCAUAUUAUCUAUUCCGUUGGCUGUUCAGAAAUUAUACUCAGCAAUAGUGGAUGGUAGAACAUCAUCUGCAUUGCAAGAAGCCAUUGAAAAUUUGGUUUAUAGUCUUGCUCAAUUACUUCAUUUUGUAUCAAAUGGAAUACCAUUCUAUAUCUAUACAUUGGCUGGUGGAAAAGUCUUUCGUCAAGCCAUAGCCAAAUUCUUUAGUAAUAUAAGACAUAAAAUUUUUCAUAGAUGA